CACAGAGAACAGGAGAUCCUAACUCGCAGCAGCGACCCAUUAACCCGUAAUAAUGUCGAACUUUUGCGUCGGAAUCAACGGAUUUGGCCGCAUCGGCCGCCUGGUCCUCAGGGCCUGCCUGCAGAAAGGAAUUAAAGUCUCGGCCAUCAACGACCCCUUCAUUGACCUGCAGUACAUGGUCUACAUGUUCAAGUACGACUCCACUCACGGACGCUACAAGGGAGAGGUGCACAUGGAGGACGGCAAGCUCGUCGUCGACGGCCAGAGUAUCUCCGUUUUCCAGUGCAUGAAGCCCGCUGAGAUCCCGUGGGGCGACGCCGGCGCUCUGUACGUCGUCGAGUCCACCGGAGUCUUCCUCAGCAUCGAGAAAGCCUCUUCUCACUUGCAGGGCGGAGCCAAGCGCGUGGUAGUCUCCGCCCCCUCCCCCGAUGCCCCCAUGUUUGUGAUGGGAGUCAACGAGGAUAAGUACGACCCCUCCAGCAUGACCAUCGUCAGCAAUGCAUCCUGCACGACUAACUGCUUGGCUCCCUUGGCCAAAGUCAUCCAUGACAGCUUCGGUAUCGAGGAGGCCCUCAUGACAACAGUCCAUGCCUACACUGCCACCCAGAAGACGGUGGACGGUCCCUCCGCCAAGGCCUGGCGCGACGGCCGCGGCGCUCACCAGAACAUCAUCCCUGCUUCCACAGGAGCUGCCAAGGCCGUGGGCAAAGUCAUCCCAGAACUCAACGGGAAGCUGACUGGCAUGGCGUUCCGCGUCCCUGUGGCCGACGUCUCCGUCGUGGAUCUCACCUGCCGCCUCUCGACCCCCGCAAGCUACGCUGACAUCAAGGAGGCCGUCAAGAAGGCUUCCCAUGGAUCUCUGAAGGGAAUUCUGGGAUACACUGAGGACUCUGUCGUGUCCUCUGACUUCAUCGGUGACACCCACUCCUCCAUCUUUGAUGCCGGUGCCGGAAUUUCCCUGAACGACAACUUUGUCAAGCUCAUUUCCUGGUAUGAUAACGAGUUUGGUUACAGCCACCGCGUCGCCGACCUCUUACUGUACAUGCACUCCAAGGAGUAAACGUCAGGCUGAGCCGAGGAACCCAGACGAGAACCGCAUUCCUUCUUUUACAUGCACUUAAGAGUCAUAGCUGAAGCGCUUAGCAUCCCACAAACUCUCUACAAGACCACCUUGUCUCUGUAGUGAUCACUGUGUGUGUGUGUGUGCGCGUGUGUGUGCGUGUGUGUGUUAGUUUGUUUCCUUUCACCUGGAGGUGCUUUUGAGUUGAAUAGUGUUUGUGUCUGUGUGACCCCAUGAAGCGUUGUGCUGUAGGUGUUACCAUACUGGGUGUUACUGUAAUACUGUACCGGAUUAAUGUUAAGUUAAGUGAGGGAAAAGUUGUUCCUGUUACACAGAUUAAAAAAAACUAACUAUCAAAUAAAUAGUUUGAAAAUUA